UGGAUAUUGUGUAUGAGUAACAUGUUCAAACCUCACGCUACCCAACUCCAGUUCCGACUAACAGUUAGUCUUGACUUCAUGCUUGUGUUAUUUCUGGUAGUCGUUGAUUAAAAAUAAGUACAUCUUUUUGCUUGCUGAGUCAUUUUGUCAUAUGUUUCCUUGUUCUCCCUUACAGAUAACCUUACACACCGAACCAAGGUACCUUAAGUCCUAACGUGAACCCACAAAUGGUUGAAUUUACAUACUGAAUGGACGAAAGUCAUUAUGACAGAUAUACAGUUAAACAUUUUGGCUUCGGCGAAGUUCUCGAGAACGCCGGUCGGUGGUAUGUGAUUAAAUCUAUUACGAAAACGUAGGGUCAUGCGGCGAAGUCAGUAUCCAACCUGCAGAUGAGGAUCAUAAUGAAAAAUCACUCGGUUGUUCAGAAUAUCUAAAUGAUAUGCAGUUUAUUGAGAAAGCUCAAGCUAUAGCAAAUAGAGCUGAAGAGGUUGCACGUCAUUUAUGGAUGAGUGGAUGGGAAGUGGUGAACUUUCAUAGAUUGCCUGCGUGGUUAAAAGAUAAUGAUAUGCUGUUACAUGGUCAUCGACCUCAGUUAAAUACUUUAUGGGCUUGCUUUAAGUCCGUAUUUCGUAUUCAUACUGAAACUGGUAAUAUAUGGACUCAUCUUCUAGGUUGUUUCAGCUUUGCCGUCAUAUUAAUCUAUAUAUUGUCUCAACCAAGCAGCUUAUUACAAUGGCAGGAUAAAUUUGUUUACUCAGUAUUCAUUUUUGGAGCAAUGUGUUGUCUUGGAUUCUCCUGUCUUUUUCAUACAAUAUCUUGCCAUUCUGAACAUGUGGCAAGAAUUAUGAGCAAGCUAGAUUAUAUUGGAAUAGCCGUCUUAACAAUGAGCUCUUUCGUGCCCUAUUUGUACUACACAUUCUACUGUAUAUUUUGGGCUAAAGUAUUUUACUUAGCCUUAAUUGGAGUACUGGGCACUACUGCAAUCGUUAUUUCAAUGUCAUCAAAAUUUGCUACUCCUCCUUAUCGACCUUUAAGAGCAGGAGUUUUUAUAGCUCUUGGCCUUUCAGGUUUAAUCCCAUGUGUACACUCUAUCAUCUUAAAUGGAUUUUGGCCAUCGGUUCAUCAUCUGUCAUUCGGUUGGCUUGUUCUGAUGGCUGUGCUUUACAUCUCUGGUGCUUCCAUUUAUGCAGCACGUGUACCUGAAAGGUGUUUUCGUGGCCAUUUUGAUUAUUGGUUCCAAAGUCAUCAAAUUUUCCAUGUAUUCGUCAUUGCCGCAGCAUUUGUUCACUAUCAUGGAGUAGUUCAACUUUCUACCUAUAGAUUAUCAGAAGGUGAUUGUCGUCCAGCGGAUGAUAUUCUUACGAAGGAAAAUUUCAAUAUACCCCCGCAUAUGUUGCAAGUUAUUAAUAACCACUGAGUAGAAGAAUACACAUCAAUGUCGAUGAUAUUCAACAACACCUAUACAAAGGCAAUUUGAAGUUUAAAAAGAAACUUGUCAGAUAAUUGUUAUCAUAUGUUUUUUUUCUUAUUGUUUAUCAUUAGUCGUUUUUUUGUGUGACAAUUGGUGAAUUAACUGAGACAUCUGAGAAGAAUGCCCACUUAUCAUCGAACUAUUUUAUUUUCCUGUGAUAUAGAGAUGUAGUACACGACAGAAUAAUCUCCGUCUGCAAUAAUUAGUUUCUUUCAUUCCUAAUUUCGAAACUUCAGGUCCUAGAAUUAUUUUUAAAAAUUAUUUUAACUUAAUUAUUAUUUUGGAACAUUAAGUUCUUUAGUGAUAAAAUAACAUAUAUCUAUGCUCAUUGUAUUCAGGAUACUAGUCUUUUUUUUUAUUUACCGAACUAUUUUAUUGUGUAAAUCAAAAACAAGAAUCAGGUAUAUCACUCAACUUUUAUAACCAUUUUCUUACUAACAGUUUAUUAGUGAUAGAGACUUUUUAUUUUAUAAUUAUUUUUUACUCAACUGUGAUGUUUUUGUAAGAUAGAUUUUAUUGGUUGCGCAGUGUUCAUGGGUCAUAUUAUUUAUGUCCCGUCACUCAGGGCAUCACAAACCUUGUAACUGUUUUGGGCAUUUUAGAAUUAGUUUUUUCUAUUUUUAUUUGUUCACUUCUUUUGAUUAAUCUCACUGGUUGGUUAGAAAUUAUUGUAGUAUUAUAAAGUAUGCAAUAAUUUCAAAAAUCAUACAUAUAUAUGAUGAAGCAUCAGAUUAUGUAUUUAGUGUGAUAUUUGUUCUGUAUAACAUCUAUGUUAAUUUAAUGUUACUUAUUCAGCCCAACAUACAACAUUCAGUGUAAUAUCUAUUUUUGUAUUUUCACCACAUUUAUUGACUAAUUAUCGCGU